UUCUCUGUGCCUUGGUGGUAACGACUCCUCAGUGCCAGCAUCCUGGUUCCUGGAACAGGGACCUCUUGCUCAAUUUAGAUCAAAUCCCAGUCUGAGUCGCACAUGUGAAUGACAGGCCUGGUUCCAACCUCCCACAUUCUCAGGAUGGGGAAGAGGUCCCCCAUUUGCUUAGCCCGAGACCCUCAGUCAUGUAGGGGCUGUAAGGGAAGUGGCUGGGGGGUAGGGUUGCCCCUUCGAUCCCUAUAUUUGCCAAGUAUCCUUCAACUAGAGCUGGAUCUUAGAGACAAAGUAGUAUCCUUGGGAAAGGGACCGACAGACACUUACAUCAUUGUGAGAAAUAGUUGGCUUAAACAUUUGCAAGGAAAAAUAAUUUUUUAUUUUUUCCCCCAGUCCUGGGGAUUGAACCCAGGGCCUCAGAUGCCAGACAAGUGUUGUCCCAUGGAACCACAACCUCAGCCUGAAAAACAGGCUUUUACGGAAGGGAAGGCUCAUCCAAACCCGAGUAGACAGAUGGCAGCAGGUCAAGGGGAAGGACCUGCCACCCAUCCUUUUCCAUUCUGGUCCACAGCCUGGAGCACCCACUGGGGCCCAGGAGGAAGGCAGGUGUCCUAGGUUCCCCUGGCUAGCCUGUGUGGGGAUCAGGGUUCCACAACUGGGCUCAAGCAUAGAAUUCCACGCCACGGCCCGCUGCCACGGCAACUGGAGAAAUAAACACUCAGCCUUCUGUGUCCAAGUUCUGCCGUGACAUCACCAGCGCCCGACGCCGAGGAGCUGGAAGAGGACACCUUUUUGCCCAGCCCCCUUUUGUCCCUCGCAGGGGCAUCUAGCUUCAGUUAUGAGGCUGCCCAAGGGAGCUAACAACUCUGUGUUCUAUGGCCAGCACCCAGAAAAGGAGGAGCAGCUGCCCUCAAGGCAGGAGGUGAAGCAGACCCCUGUCAUCAUGGCCCUGAUCAGAGGUCCGGGGCCCGCCAAGUACCUGCGGCCAUCGUGCACGGGCUACGUGGCUCAUGACAGCUCCAUGGUCCGGGGGCCAGUGUUCACCUUGCACAAGAAGCACUCAGAGAAGCGGAUCACAGACAUCUGUAGCCCAGGACCCUGCUAUUGCUUGGAUCCCAAAAUAACCCGCUUUGGAAUGUCCAGCUGCCCACAGGUGCCCAUGGAUGGCCGUGUCACCAGCCUGCGUCUGAGCCCCACACUGGCCCCCUGCCACUAUAAUCUGGAGAAGACCCAUCCCCCCGAUGAGUGCAGGGCUCCCCAGUACUCCUUUGGCUAUCGGUGCCCAGUUCGAGUGAUGGAUCCCAACCCGGCCCCCAAUUGCUACCAGCUGCCCCUCUCACUGGGGCCCACCACCCCCGUCCACCGGUCUGCCCCUUGCUUCAGUCUGUUUCCUGUAGUUAAGAACUGGUUCUACUGGGAGAAUGUGGCUGGGGGUCCUGGGCCAGCUGCACACGCCCGGCCAGAGCCCUCCGUAUACCAGAACCGCAGCCCGGCAUACAGCAUGGCACGACGCCACGCCUACCCACUGGACCACACACCACGGCCUGGGCCCGGCUCCCACGACGUGCAGCAGGUCACCCUGCACAAGCCCCGUGCGCCCGCCUUCACCAUGGGCGUCAGGCACUCGGCCCACCUGUGCCCUCUGGUGGUGGACAUCGGAGACUGAGCCUGCGGCUCACCCUCUCCACCCUACAGAUGUUAUUUUUCUAUUCCGGCAGACCUGGUGCCUGCAUUAGAUAAAUAUUUGUGUGUUCAUUUCUGCCUUCUGCAGACAUCUUGCUGCUUCCUGGGGACCCUGCUCCUGUUUCCUGGCUGCAGUCCCAGGUGGCUGUGAGCUGGUCCUGUCUACGAGUUCCUGUCCGGCCCAUAGGGGCCAGGCCCUGGGCAGUGCGUGAAGAGCUGAGGUCCUCCUGACUUGGCCCCAUCACACCGUGUGGCCUUUGUGGUCCUGCUCUCUGAGCUUUGGGGCAGGAGGAGUUGGUGGGAAGAUGCUAGGUUCCCCCAAUUCUAGGACUGUGUGUUUCUACUCCUGGCCAGUGGCCCACGUCCCAGGGAGGAGCAGGCAGUGGGGACAAGCAGAGACUGUGUGGAGGAGAACAAAAGAGGGUAAUGAAAGUGUGCAGAGGGGACCAGAGGCUGAGGGACAGCGAACAGGGUAGGGAGUCAGAGUGACUGAGGCUUGGGGUGUGAGAGGCAGCGCUGAUCUCCACAUAAUGCGUGGGUGGCUUGCAGGCUGGGAGCGGAGGCCCUCACCAGGUGAGCACAGGGCUGGCAGCGGGCUCCAGGGAGGAGAGAAACCUGUGGAGGAGGUAUUCCCUUCGGGUAGCCAGGAGGGUCUGAGGGCCACAGGCUCCCGUGAAAGAUCUCUCAUUGGUCCCCAACCGUGGAAGCUCAGCUGGCAGAAGAGUGGCUGGCCGGGGGGGGGGCAGUGCCAGUCUGGACUGUGUGGCUGCUUUGGUUGGACAGUGCCAGCUCUCCUGUCACAUGGGGGCUGGGGACUGGCAUUUGCUGUUUGUCCUCAUGUAAUGCCCAUCACCCCAAUUCUGGAUCAGGACACCCUGGAAGCAGCCCGCUCCAGCUCCUCUCAUUGCACCAAGAGGGAGAUGGGCCAGGGAGGGCGAGGGGGGGCAAGGAGACUCAGCCGCGGUGGCCCAAGGCAGGGCUGGAUCCUUCUGCAGCCACUGUCCCAGGAGAUGGAGAUAAAAAGCCACCUCAGGGCCAGUGAGGGAACAGAGUGGCUCAUCCUAGAACACUCAAACUGUAUUUAGGUUAUCACUGAAAAUGAAGAUUGUGUUGAAUAAGUAAACCCGAGUUUGGACAGAAAAGUGCAGAACAGCUUUGAGAUAGAUUUUUCCAAAACCCAGUUUGACAUUUAGGAAAGAACCUUCCACCCUGCUUGCAGUCCUGCCAUCGAGAUGCCACCGUGUCCCCAGGCCCUGGGUUUGUGUCCAUCCUGUCUUCCCACAAUCCUCAGCAAAGCCAGCCAGGCUGUAGAAAGAGCAGGCACAAGGGGACCCAUCUGUCUCGCAGCCGAUUAGAAAGAUGUCAUUUUGCUGACAGUGCUAUUUAUCAUGGCAGCUACAUAAAUUAGUGACGCUUGGCUGGAAGGGCUGGAUGGGGGUGGGGCUGGCAGGUGGUGGUAGCUGAGGAGACUGUGUCACCAGGGCCACCUCGGAACCCCAUCCCAGGUCCAGGCCCUUGCUGGACACACGGGGAAACUGAGGGCCAGGGCCUGGAAAUAACUUUGGCUAUGUGCUAGAUUGAUGGCCUGUCUCUAAGGUUCAGGUGUGUGACCGGGAUAUGGAUCAGUAAGCGACCAUGGUCAAUGUUCAUCUGUGACCAGGGUCAUUGUGGGGAUGAAUACUUAUCUUGAGAUAAAUCUUAAUUUUUGACAGUUUGAGAUGGACCUUAUCUCCUCACUGCCACCAGCUACGGGUAGGAGUGGACACUUGGCUCCAGGGAUGGAAUGUCCCACAGGGCAGGUCAUGGUCCCCUGGGAAGGGAAGGGAGGGGGAGGAAGGGUCAAAAUGGAGAUAAUGAAAUGAGAGAUUGGAGUUGACCUUUCAAUGAAGCAGCAACCCCCAUCUCAGGUCAGCUCUCCUGACCCUAAGGCUGGGCCCCUCUUCUGGCUUUGCAGGAAUCCCUUGGUUGAUCCUUCUAGGACCUGAACUUGUUCAUUCAGGUCAUUAAGCCCUGGGACUGGCACAUGAUCACACAGACUUGAUCAUUAGUCAUUCAACAAACACCACUGGCCUCCAGAGUUCAGGGGAUGGCUAAGUGGGAGAAGAAGGAGGGUGGGGGCUCAGCACCCUUGUCUCUGGGGACACAAGUGGCCUUGGUGAUGAAAUUGCAAUCACGGGACCCUGUGGGAUGCUGACAGGGGACCACCACGCAUUGCUGGAACCCAAAGGUCAACCCUGCAAAUUCCCAGGAGCUGAGGAGUGGGGACCUCAGGCCAGGAGCAAGAUGGGGGCCCUGUGUUCGGGGACUCAUGGACUCCUUGUGGCAUAUGGGUGAGGACUGUGAACAAAUACAUGCUCUUCACAUGUGCUAGGAUGCCCCCUCCACUGCCCGUGAAGGAGCAGGAUCCAGCGCCAGCCCUGGCUGGAGAAGCUGCCUUACCCACCAAGACCAGCCAAGGCCUCUCUUGCUCAGCUAUCCGAGGUCCCAGCCUCUCUCCUGGUCCUCACUCCUGGUGGAUGCAGUGGUGAGGUCAAGGUCACCUCCUGGUUCUCUGUGGAGGAGCCACCUCCCUCCCACCCUGGUGUCCCAGCCUCCGCCUCUGCCAGGCUCUCCUCCUGCUGGCCUCUCCCCUCCUCCUCUCUCCUCUUCCCCUCCCCGCUCCCAUGUCCCUCUGCCUUGUUUAUGCUCCAGAAUAAAGAUCGACAUUUUCAA